UCAGAUCCUUGCUAGAGUCAUCCGUAUCAUACUCAUCACUUUCCUUAAAUUUUUUUAACCUUCCUCUAUUAAAGUUUCCAGAUUUUUGGUGGGGUUCGUUGAGGGUACUGUGCGAGCUUUUCAGCGUCUUCACAGCCUGCAACUUCGAUGGCCACUGAAGAGGUUAAUAAACCUCAGUCACUUCCUCCAUACCCCGAGCUGAUACUGAAAGCGAUUGAAGCUCUGAGUGAACCAAGUGGAUCCAGCAAAUCAGCAAUAUCAAAGUACAUAGAAGCGAUCUAUGGUGAGUUGCCAGACUCAACCGUUUUGGGUAAUGAACUGAACAAGAUGAAAGAGAGUGGAGAGCUUGUGUUCAAUAAGAACAACUACAUGAAAGCUGACCCAAGUGCCCCACCAAAGAGGGGCCGUGGAAGACCACCAAAGCCAAAGGCCCCUGUGCCACCAGGCACCGUCGUCUCCCCUCCGCGGCCAAGGGGUCGUCCCCCGAAGGACCCAAACGCGCCUCCGAAGUCUCCAAAGCCCAAGCCCACCCCUGGAAGUGGCAGGCCAAGGGGGAGGCCAAAGAAGAUUCCUCGGUCUCCGACGGCGGCGUAUCCGGCCGCCGUAUCCAGCGGAAGGCCCAGGGGUAGGCCUCCAAAGGUGAAGCCUCAGUUGACAGAAGUGAGCGUUGAGUCAUAGAAUUGUUUCUUUAUUUGGGUGCCGAAUGUAGUGUUCCUACUCUUUAUAAGUGGUCGGUGUGAGUUUAGAUUCUGUGUUGAUGUAAUUUCGUUGUAAAAUUAUGUAGUGGUAGCUGACUUACUAAGAGGCUUUCGUGUUUGUCUUCCCUCCCGAUCAUCGAAAGAGAACAGUAUCUUGUGCUAAUUCUCGCGUUCUAACUUGUGAACCCAUGAUGUAGAAAAAAGGUUGUUGUUUGAGAA